AUGUCCCCGCAAAGUGUACCUUACUUAGAUCUUGUUGGCUUUGUUCUCGAUCGUCAUUACGUUGAUCCGCCUUUGUCACGAGUCACCAUCCCCACUCUCCCUCUUCCCCCCCAAUUAACCCUCUGGACCUCAAUAAUCACCCCGUACGCCUUGCCAUCUUACGCCCUCGGCCUCAUCAUUUCAUACGCCUUCCCUAUCCUCACGCCCCCGCUAGCCCUCCCAACUCCUUCGCGCUCUUGGUGGCAACCCAUUUAUUUGCCUCAUCUCGAAUUCAAAUUGGAUGUCCUACAGAGUUUCUUCCAGCUAUUAGACUCUCUACCGCGUCGCCAGGUCGGCCUCCACAACGUGGCGCCAGCACCCGAGACAGCAGAAUUGACAGCCACACGUCGCAGCUCCCCCGGUCGCCCACACCAUCCGAUAAUCAUCGAUUCUUUUAAUGCUGGGCGGCUCUGA